AUGGCAUCAACAUUACGCUCAGCUGCUUCUGUACGCACUGGUGUUUCAGGUGGUGCACGAUCUGGUGGACAAGUAUCAGGUUUAGCUCGAAAAACAGCACCAGUCGUAACACGACCUGUUCGUACUUUACCAAAACUUAUUGAAAAUAAUCAAGAUGUUACACCAAAACGUCUUAUUGAUCCAGAACAAUUUUUUAGUAAAGUUAAAGAUUCUUUUCUUACACAAGAUGCUUCAUCAACUCCGAGUGAAGCUGCUUAUUCAAUAGCUCAACCGCAAGUUUUUUCUGCAACGAAAUCAAUGAUAGGUAUUAGCCAUGGUGGAGCACUUAAUUCACAUGGAACCGAGGCAGAAAGUUUUCAUUCAGAACAAGAAACUGAUCAACUUGCUCAAAGUAUAGCUAUGCAUAGUGGUGAACAAGGACAUUCAUUAAUGUCAUUAGAAGAUGAAAUAUCACAACCAUUAUUAACUCUUAGUGAAACAGAAACAAUAUUUAUUUUAAGUUUGGAUAGUGCUAUUGUUGCCAAUGAUUCAAAAGAUUUAGAAAUAAUUAAACAUGAAAAUGAACGAUAUGUUGAAUUAUGUAAAAGUAAACAAGGUAGUGAUUUAUUUAGUGAUCGUGGUAUGAAUACAUUCAAUAGUAGUGUUAAAAAUAAAGAAGUUCAAUGUGAACGAUUAAGUUCUCAAAGUCGAGAAGCAUAUGCAUCAACUGCAGAUAUGUAUGAUUCAGAAAGAGGUGAAAGUAAAAUUAUACUUGUCAAGGGUGUACAUGAAACACAAACAAUUGAUGAUGGAACUAUUCGUCUUGAUCAAACACGUUCUUUAAGUUCUGGAGUUGAUAAAUCACAUGGAACACGUCUUUCGGAUCAAUCAAUGGAUGAAACGAUGCGAAAACCAGCUGUAACAAAAACUGCAGCUGAAGAAGCAAAAGUUCCAGAACCUUUUGAUUCAUCAAAAAUUGCUUCAUGUGUAUUUAUUAUGGAACGAGUACUUAAUUCGAAUACUAAUCAAACAAAACAAGCUAUUUAUCGAGGAUUAACACCUUUGGUAGUCAAAGAAGAAAAAGGAACAGUUUAUAGUGGUUUAGCACUCGAUAAACUAUUCGCUUAUUCUGCUGAAUUAACAAGUAAUAAAAAUGUUAGUGCAUUAGCAUGGAAUCACAAAAAUUCAGAUUUACUUGCUGUUGGUUAUGGACCUUUUGAAUAUAAUGAUCAACGUGAUGGUUUAGUUUGUUGUUGGAGUUUGAAAAAUCAAGAUUUUCCUGAAAGAUAUUUUCAUACACCAGCUGGUGUAACAACUGUAGCAUUUUCCAUCAAAUUUCCAUCAUUAUUAGCGAUCGGUCUUUACGAUGGUACCGUAAAUGUAUAUGAUGUUCAACAUAAUAGUGAUAAGCCAUUACUUGAUACAGAGGAAUCAUUGGGAAAACAUACAGCACCUGUAUGGCAACUCUAUUGGGUAGAAGUCGAAAAAGGUCGUGAUGAUGAUACAGGCGAAGUACUUAUGUCAAUUUCAACCGAUGGUCGAGUUACUCAAUGGUUAUUACGCAAAGGUUUUGAAUCGAAUGAUUAUAUGAAAUUAAAACGUAUCUUGAGUAAACAAACAGUACAAAAACGUGAAGGUGGAAAAGAUGCAAAAGGUCCAAAAUCUGAAAAUUUACUUUUUCGUUCUUCGGGUGGUCUUUGUUUUGAUGUAUGUCCAGAUGAUAAAACAAUAUAUUUAUGUGGAACUGAGGAAGGUCUUAUUCAUCGAUGUUCUGUAUCAUAUAACGAACAAUAUUUAGAUACUUAUUCUGGACAUACAGUAAGCGGAAAAAAUCUAAAUAAUUUUGAAAUGAAUUUUCUAUUUUUAUUUAAUAGACUUGAACCAAUAAAUGUCAUAUUAGCUACUCAACAAUACAUAUUUACUGCGAUAACAUAUGCACCAAAUUCUGAAUGUAUUCUUGCCGGUACUAGUACUGGUUCAGUUAUGGUUUAUCAUUUAAAAAAUCUUCCAUCAGCAACUACAGCAAAUGACUUAAUGGAUAUAAUCGAACAACAAACAAAUAAUUUACCUCCACCAGAAGAUACAACAUCAUCAGCCGCUUCUAAGGUAGCAGCAAAAGAAACUCGUACAGCUCCUAAUGGAACAACAUAA